UCUGCGUGUCAUAUUACAGGGGACACCGCCACUGUAGUUUCACGCAAGCUUUACUGUUCAGGACAUGGUUAACGAUGUACUACUGUUUAAAAGUUGACAGAGGAAAUGAAAUAUAUUGGACAAUAUCCUUAACUCGGGUUUCAAAGAACGGGGACAACGGUGACUCUUUUCCAAGUGCGCAGCCUUGAGCUCAAGAAUAUUUGUAAUCUAUUUACAGCAGCCGCUGAGUAAGGCGAACUGCACUCAACGAGACAUGAUCCCAACACGAAGCUGUACUCUCCAGCGUUUGUUAUUUUAAAAUAACCACCAUAUUUCGGUUAUUAAAAUGGAUCCUGCUUUGAAAGGGAAAUGUGAGGGUGCAGAGUCAGAGAUGGAGGAAUUGCAGGACGUGGGGCCAGGAAUAAUCGAUAUCGACGACGAAGAUGAGAUUGAGGAACUUCAUAAAAGUUUAAAGGAAGUUGUGCAGGAUCAAUCAGUGAAGCCUAAACUCCAGUGUCUGAUGGUGGACCCAUCCUUCUCUAUGGUGACGGUACAGAGCGAGGACAGUGGGAUAGUAUGGGAGACUGCUUCCAGUAGAUGCUCAACUCCAUGGGCUUCAGAAGGAAGCUCGCCAUCUGAACAAUACAGCAUGGAAGGUUCUGGAACACAGGGGAAUAUUGUGAUCAUAAUGGAUGAAGACAGAAUAAAGAGGAAAAAAACGAGCAGCAGAGGCAAGCUGGGUGACAGGUUUAAAAAGCCAAGCUCCAGACUGCCAAAAAGUCGGAUAGGUGAGGAAAGACCUGCAAUGAUUGAGGUGUCAGUGCCAAAUAUCAGGUCUGAAAGCAAUGAGGAUGGUACGUCUGCUGGAAGCAAGGAUCAAGAUCUUUUUAGUUUGAUAUCAGAGGGUUUUGAAAUACUCAAUAUUGUUGUACCAACAAAGCUUGCUACAGUAGAUGAGGAAGAUAGCACUGAACUGGUGGAGAAUUUGGCCUACUUGGAUGAUACCCCAAAGAUAAAAUCCAAACACAAGCAUGAACCUGUAGCUACAAACAGGUGUCCUGUGAACAUAGAGAUAGACGUUGAUGAAAUAAAGCUAAAUGAAAGCUUGAGGGAUUCUUCCCAGAUCUCUGCUGACAAACAGCACAAAAAGGAUGAAACUCAUAUGGACUACCUUGAAAAAUUCACACUGUUAGAUGAACAGGCACCUAGUGAUGGCACUACACUGAUGGAAAAACUUGAACCAGAAGUGACUGUCCAACCAGAAGAACCUCAAGUGACUCAGAAAGAACCAAAAGCAGAUGAAGCAAUUGAUGAGGAUUCCUUUGUAAUCAUCAGUGAUGUUGAAAUUGCAGGUGAACAUCUUGACGAAGUGUUUUAUGGAAAUAAAUUAAAUGCAGAGCCUGUGGUUCCCCAAGAGCAUGGUGAAAGAACAGCAAAAGUGAGCACUAAAACUCUUAAAGAGAGUGGAUCAGUCUUAUUUGGAAGUCAGGAAUGUAUCCUCACACCUGUAUACCUCCCUACCGGACCACCAAAGAUCAUAGAUCUUGUUCUUCUUGAGGAACCACGAGCAAUGUCUUUCCAUUACUCAGAUCUUUAUGAGGACGCGAUUGGAGACCGGAAGAAAGAAGACGACUUUUCGGAUACGGAGAGUGUCGCUUCUGAAAGGUCCUUCAAAAGGCGGUACUCUGAUUCUGAUGAUGCAGAUGGAUAUCUGGAGAAGUUCAUAUUGAAGGAUGAAAUACCAUUGGUUGCUAAUGUACCUGAGGCCAAAGAGAAGGAAGAUGGGGGGAAAUUAGCAUGGUCACAAAGUAAAUUUGAACUUACUGGAUGUUUAGAAAGAGCACAAGAAAAAAAUGAUGAAGUAACUGUCGAUCAACCAUGUGUGCAAGAUAAAAAUGAAGGUGAAGCACAGUGUGAGUCCACAGGGUGUUGUUCAGAGGGACACUGUGCUCCAAAAAUCAAACCAGAGGUGGAAAUGAUCAUUAGAGGAAUUGUCACAUCAGACGACUUGGUUGCAAAGCAUAGUAGGGAAAAUGAAAAGCAAUGUGAUGUCACUGAUACACGACCUCAAGUGGAUCAAGUCCUUGAGCCACAAAGCAAAACCACCAAUAAAGAAGAUCACAGUGGACAAGAACAAAUAAGUCUGACUGCUCAAGUGACAGGGGGUUUAGCGCAUGAAGAUGUUAUUAAAACUAAAGAGGAAUUUGAAAUUCUGUCUGUAACAAAGAGCUUUGAGAAAAUCCAGACUGAUGUACCACAUGCUGUUGAAAACAUUGCUGCUUCUGGGGCCAGUGUGGAUAAACGUCAUGAAGUAGCUGAUGUCAUUGUUGACAUUCAGGAAAUAAGUACUAUUACUAAAAAUGGCAAAGGAGAGAGUAAUAAAACCAAGACACAAGGCAAAAUUUUAGAGCAAAAUAUUACCCCAGGGAUUGAUAAAGGCAUUGCUGAAAUAUUAAAAAGAGAAGAACCAGAAAUAAUUGCUCAGAAGUUUGCCAGUCUCAAAGAACCCCUGUUAGAUAAAACAGAACCUCCAAAAACUGAAGAACCUUCAAAAGUAGAGAAAGAAGUCAAGCCUUCAGAAGAGACUGAAACAAUUACAAUGGAUGCUACUAAAGUUGAACGUUCUGCAAAAUCUUUAGAAGAUGAGUCUCAAGUCCGUGAAAAUGGAGAAAUACUUGCUGUAGUUGAGAAUAAAGUGAGUGAAGGAUUAAUACCCAAUAAGGAGAAACAAGAGCAAGUAAUUGACAAGAUUGGUGCAGCAAAAGAGGUUGAGGCCCAUAUCGGUUCAACAGAAGUGUUAUCAGAAACUGAAAUGAAGCCAGAGUCUGAAAUUACUUCAGUUCAGAGCUCAUCAGAACAGUCACAUACAAGUGAAACAGAUACACUGAACAUUGAGCUUCAGGCUAAACCUGAGAUUACAAGAGAGGAGAAAAUGUAUCCAGAAGCAACACUCAAGAAAGCCAAAGAGGGCACAGGUGCAGAUAGGCCAACAAAUAAGGCACCAGUGCUUGAACAAAGGCUGGAAAAGCAAAAAGAACAUGUUGACAUACCAAAGAUUGAACCUGUGGUUAAAGAAAAACAUGGAAAAGUUGAGGAAAUCAAGGUAAAUGUUACAGAGGAAGCAAAUGAAAAGUUUGACAACACAAAUGAGCCUGUUCAGGAUGAGAUACCUUCUCAAAAAAGAAUGACAACAGAGACGAAUCAAAUAAUUGAUUCAAGGCAAGAAUAUAGCUUACUGUUAGCUAAUGACGUGGAGGCAUUUGCUCGAGAAAGCACAGAAAAGAUAAGAGUAACAGAAGACGUAAAGGACUUAUCAAAAGUAAGACUGUCACCUGUUGUUCCAACAAAGGAGGAGCAGGUAGAAGAGUAUAGUGAAAUAAAUGACGUGACCAUAUUAACCAGAGAGAUCCCAGUGAAAGAAUCAUCCAUUAGUUGGACAGAUAUUGAGAAUAAGAUGUUACCUCUAUCGUCAACAGAAACAUUAGUGGAAGGAAAGAAAACAUACGUGAAUGAUGUACAGAUUGAACAUAUAACAAAUCUACCAGAGCCCAUUUUGCCUCCUCCUCCAGUUGAUGAAGAUGACCCCUCAGCAAUGAGAGUUUCACCUUUAGAGCCAGAGGAUAGUGACAAAAUUUAUGAAGAUAUACAUAGAGGAGGAAACCUAAGUAGGAAUAAAGAUGUUUUCUCGCAGUUGCGAAGUUUUACCCCUCAAGAGGACCUGUCGGCCUUGAGCUGCGACCUGGAUGUGCAGCAGGAAAUUGCAGAGGAACUUGAUUAUGAGAUGGUGACCGAACAAGAGGCAAGACAGUCUGAACAAGCUAUAGCUGAGGAUGGACACUUUGAACAAGUUCGACUGUCAGAUCAAACUCUGGAAAAAGGCUUUGAAUUUGUUGGGGAUUUGGAUAGUGCACAAAUGGCGGAAUACGAACAUCAAGAGGAACUUGAAAUUCAACCAAUGGAUGCGUUCUGCCUUGUUUGUCGUUGCCCAGUACUGCUGAGUGAGGCUGAGCAUCAAAACCAUGAGAUGGCCUCUUUGGAUGAGGCCUAUGACAGUAUUAAGAAUCAGCUGAGUGAACUGAUAUCAGUUUUACAAGGAAAAUCAGAGAAUAUUGAAGACUUUGUAUCUGAGCUUGAACUGGCAUACAACACAGUGGAGGAGAACUUUAAUGAUUGUGAGAGGAUCAUAAAGGAGCACAAUGAGGAGGUGGUGAAGCUGGUGAUGGAUCAGUAUAAUGAGAUGUCUCAGGCCAUGGAGGAGGAGAAAAAGGCCAAACUGGAGCAGCUGUACGACCAGAUUGUGUCGUUCCAGGAGAAUAUCGACAAGGCUAAAGAGACUAUGGAGAUGACAGCUAAGGAGGAGGAAGAGACAGACCCACUCAAGUUUCUUUCUUCAUCAAAAGAUAUCAAUAUGAGGUUGAAUACAGCUUUGGAAUCCACCAUGUCACUUGAACUUGGUCCACGAGGGCUGCUGGUUUUUGAGGAUUAUGCCAAGGGCAAAUCAGGCAAUGAGAGGAAAACCAGACAAGCCAUUCCAGUGCCUCAAAAACCACAUCUUCAGCCUCAAGAGGCCAAUUCUGCAACCAGCACUUCUGUCACUGUGUAUUGGAGAGUCAAUGAGGAUGACAUUAUUGACUGCUUCCAAGUCUACUGCAUGGAAGAGCCACAAGGAGCUAUCUCAGAAGAGUACAGGGUGACUGUGAAGGAGAGCUACUGUAAUCUAGAAGAGCUGGAACCGGAUAAGUGUUAUAAGGUGUGGGUGAUGGCGGUGAACUACACAGGCUGCAGUAUGCCGAGUGAGAGACUGCCCUUCAGAACCGCCCCCUCAGUCCCGGUGAUCCAGACAGAACAGUGCACAGUGCUGUGGGACACGGCCACGCUGCGUUGGAGCGCCAUUCAGCCCAGCGCUGUGGACAGCUUCACACUGGAGUAUUGCCGCCAGUAUGCAUGUGAGAGAGAGGGACUCAGAUCCUUAUCAGGGAUAAAAGGCUAUGAGCAGAGAGUCCUCCUUCAGCCCAAUGAAAAUUACCUCUUCUACAUUAAAUCAGUGAAUGCCGCAGGGGCCAGUGAGCAGAGCGAGGCGGCCCUUAUCUCCACCAGAGGUACAAGGUUCCACUUCCUCAGAGAAACAGCAAACUCAGUGCUGGAGGUUUCAGAGGACAGGAACUCGGUAGAAUACCCACGUGAAAUGUACAAUAAAAUGUCCUCAAUCAUAGAAUGUCCAGCUGUUAUGGGUGAGCUUUUGCCUUCUCUUGGAUAUUACUACUGGGAGACAGAGGUGUCAAGGUGCAAAGCCUACCGCAUCGGUGUUGCGUAUCAAUCAGUCUCACUAACCAGCACACUGGGGGAGAACAGUGCCUCCUGGUGUCUGCACUGUGUACCUACAUCUAUAAGCUGCAGAUUUGAACUACUUCAUGACUGUGUGGAGUCUGACAUCUUUGUUAUGGACAUACCUGCGCGGAUCAGCACUUUGUUGGACUACAGCCAGGGUCGGCUCUUCUUCUUCAAUGCUCAGAAUGGGCAGCUCUUGGGCACUUUUCAGCACACCUUCAUUCAGCCCUGCUACCCUGUGUUUGUCCUAGAGCAGCCGGGGAAUCUAGAGCUGAAAAUGACCAAUGAGGUGCCGGAGUUUGUUAAGCACUGCUAGUUUACAUGACUCAAGUCUCAUUGCUCUGGGCUUGCUUGUGCGACAGUAUAUGAAUCAAGUGAAUCUUUCUUAAUAGGAAAUUAAACCAUAUUGUGCUGUCACAUGAAAAGUUGCUCAGUUUUAUGAAAUGGUGUGACUAAAGAGAUUAUGAGAAACAUUAAAGGGUUUGUUCACCCAAAAAUUAAAAAAAUUCUGUCAUGUAUUACUCACCCUCAUGUCGUUCCAAACCCGCAAGACCUUCAUUCAGAACACAAAUUAAGAUAUUUUUGAUAAAAUCCGAGAGGUAUAUGAGAGAACGCGGGCUCAGUAUUGGCAGACGCUGUUCAUGUGAGCAGCACGACACAUGCGUGUGAUGGUGACGCGGCAGCCAGGCGUUCUGACGUAGAACCUGAAAGCGCUGAAAGUAAACAGUGGAGGAGAAAGACACAGAAGAGAAGAUAUUGUUGAAUAAAGUCAUUAUUUUUUGUUUUGUUUUUGCGCACAAAAAGUAUUCUCGUCACUUCAUAACAUUAAAGUUGAACCACUGCAGUCACGUCGACUGUUUAACUAUUAGCUGAAGUACCCGGAUUUUGCCGUGUUCGCACCGCAGGAACUAGAAACGAUUUUAGUUCUAGGAACUCCUUUUGGGGGAACUAAAUUAGCUGAUUGGUCAAACGCAUGUCAAACACCGGCACCCAGCAUUUUUAAAAAGCCGUGUAAACAUAUUUACCUCACAAACAUGGAAAACAGUGAUAACAGCAUUUACCUGUUGUCUGCAGGGUUGUGUUUUUUUCUCCGCCUUGAUACUGAAAGUUGUCAUAGGAGAUUUCGUCUCUUAACCCCACUUUUUGCUCUUUCAGUCGCGUAGAUUAUGCGUUUACAUUCCAUUCUCCGUUAUCACGAAACCCACGACACACAACAAACAGCUCUGAUCGCGGCAUACUCCAUUCACUGUUUUUUAGCGUUUGUAAAUGCUGCGCUGUUUAUUACCUAAACUUAUUUAUUUAUUAACAAUAAUAGUUCCAGUGCGAAUGCAACCAGGAACAUGGCCCGGGGGAGAAAUUAGUUCUCGGGGAACUAUCCUAGUGGCUAGUUCCUAGAACUAAGUUCCUAAAACUAUUCGGUGCGAAAGCCCCUUUUACUACCUUUCUGGACCUUGACAGUGGUGGUUAAAUUGAGUCAUAUACCUCUCGGAUUUCAUCAAAAAUAUCUUAAUUUGAAUGAAGGUCUUGCGGGUUUGGAAUGACAUGAGGGUGAAUAAUUAAUGACAGAAUUUUCAUUUUUGGGUGAACUAACCCUUUAAGUUUUGUGAAAGGAAGGAUUGUUUCUGAAGCUGUGCUUUUAAAUCCCUCCAGAAACUAGUUUUGUGGAGCUGUUGCGUUGUUUUUGUAUAUAUGAAACAGAAAGUGCAUGCGACCAGUUUGUUGCUUAUCAUACAGUAUAUGAUGCACCCCUGGAUCACAUGAUGUGCAGACAUUUAUAUUCAGUGUCACUGUAUUUAUUUUGGAAGCUACAGGCUUUCAGGUUGUUUGAAUAAAACAGAUUUUGGCAAAACUAAUAACAGACUUUCAUAGCUGUAAGACACAUCUCAGUGGAGACACAUGUUUUUGAGAUGAUAGGCAUGGCAUCACAAAUUAGUGAUUGAAAAAAAAAAAAAGAAAUAUAUAUAUAUAUAUAUAUAUGCUAUCUGUUGUUUAGUCUAUUUACAUGAUUCUGUAGGAAAAGAUUAUUUCACUUCAUUUUCCAUUUAAAAUUGUUGCUGGAUCUCACUUAAUCACAAACUAACCAAUGGGAAAUGUGCAGUAAAGUAAAUAAAAUGAUUUUAGUUUUCACUUACAAUGGA